CAUUGGUCCACUCUCUCCCUCCAUAGUAAAACCGCGGCGCCUAUAACUAAACCCCAAAAACCAUUAAAUACAAAAAAAAAAAAUUAAUAUUUGGUCCUCUCCAACAAAAUUCACGCCUUUUCAUAUCUCCUUCUCCGAUCAAAAUAUCAAACACACAAACCCCAAAACCAAAAAAAGAAAGAAAAAAUGUGGUUCGAUAUUCUAUUACAGAUAGGUCUACUUCUCUUAAUGGUUUUCAUGUUCCUCUUUAUGCACGAUAUUCCCAAAAAGAUAUUUUCAAAGCUUCGCGCAUAUCGCAACCGAGACGAUAUUCAAGCCAAGCGCCAUUUCGUUCUCGGCGCUCAGUCUUUGGCUAAAGCCAGAGCUUCAAAAACUCAUUCCACGAAAAUCUCUCUAGCCAAACAGGCCGUAACCGAAGCCGAGAAAGCGAUCGACUUGGAUCCGAAGGACGCCGCGUCUCACAUACUCAAGGGCUUGGCUCUCGAUCUCCAGGAGUUCAAGACCUCGGCGCUCGACGCGCUCGACAUGGCUCUGUCUCCGCUCUGCGCGAAGUCGUUGACCGGGAAGGACCGAGGCGAUGCGUUUUUCAAGCGAGCCGAGUUGAAGAUGGCUAUGGCGGCUAAGGCUGGGCGCGGCGGGGAGAAGCGAGUUGACUCGGCGGUGGACGAUUUGAACGAGGCGGUGAGCCUGAGCUCGGAUAACGUGAGGGCGUUUUGUUUGUUGGGAGAGUGUUAUGAAAUGAAGAAAAUGAAUGAGGAAGCUAAGAAGGCUUACGAGGACGCGUUGAAGAUCGAGCCGAAAUUGACCGUGGCUCGUGAGGCGCUGAAUCGGCUCGGCUCGAUCUGAUUCGCUCACUGCUUCGUGGAAUCGUGCGUUCAGUGGAGUGACAACUGAAGAGGUUCUCGUCGUGAUGAAAAUGGACCACUAUGCUAUUCUGCUACUUUUCAUCAUUGGAAUCCUCUAGUUUUAUCUGGAGUUUUCUCAAAGAGAGACUCACCUUGUUUUUAAUGGGUACAGCAAAGAAAAGGUAUGCUUCCCAGCCCAUAUUUUUUUCUUUUUCUGGACAAGAAGAAAUAGAAAAGGUGGUGUCCAUCUUUUCCCUGUUGUAAAGUUAUAGAUGAUACGCAACUAAUAAGAGGUUUCAGAAGCCUCUAUUCAUGUUUAAUUAUGGUAAAUUUCUUUCAUGACUUCUCUCA